AUGGCGUGUUGCAUAUCCGUAUUGACUGCUGUCUUCUCCCCCGCUCUCGCUGCUCACGGCUACCGUGUGAACGGCGGCCCGGCCGGCGAGGGCCUGGACCCGCUGUACCCCGGCGAGUCGUUCGACCCCCUGGGCCUGGCUGACGACCCGGACACCUUCGCCGAGCUCAAGGUCAAGGAGAUCAAGAACGGCCGCCUGGCCAUGUUCUCCAUGUUCGGCUUCUUCGUGCAGGCCAUUGUGACCGGCAAGGGGCCCAUUGAGAACCUGAACGACCAUCUGGCCAACCCGGCCGUCAACAACGCCUUCGCCUUCGCCACCAAGUUCACGCCCAGCGCGUAAUGUAUCGCUGCUACGUUUGCUAGUCGAAGCGGUUGUCCGCAUCUGCCGGCCGCUGCUGCCUUCAGCUACGUUACGUUGUUUAGCUAUGUGAACGUAGACACAACAUAACCAAUAAACUGCCAAUACCGGUAUACGAGACGUCACAUGCAUAGCGAUUGCAGGCAGUAGUUGCCUAUCCGUCGCUGUUGGGUAAAUACGCUUGGAUGCGCAGCUUGCCAAAACUGUUGAGUGAUGCGUGGGUGCUUGUCAGUUAUGUCCAUCGAACCUCGUUGUCGCACUGUGGCCACCUCUGUUUUUGAUGUCGUGUUCCUGCGAUGAGUUCCCGCGUGGUGAGUGGUGAGCAGCGGCGGAAGCGGUCCUGUUACGGGCCUGAAGUUUUGAUGUGGGUGUUUCCCAGUAGGGGUUUCCCACAGCACGGGUGUUGAGGUGGAGCUCUUACUUUUGGGUGGGGUAUUGGGCGGUGAGACGUGAGAUAUCAAGAGCUUCAUACAAAGCGCAUGCACGUGCUGGGUGCGUUGCGCCAAGCAAGCUCCUGUAACAUUUGGGGUGUUCAUGACAUAAGGAAGGUCUCGGUUCCAGUGCUUGUUUCACCGCUUCUUGGGGCGGGAGCACAUACAGCCAUUUUGGUGGGCGCGUACUGCAAAGGCGGCCACGCAAACAGGCACACAUGGAGAACACGCGCGAGACACGAGCUAAAGGAACAUGUCAUUCAGAGGGAUG